CCUGCGCCUGCGCCCUCGCGGUAUCCUACCACUCCUGCAAUUCCACACACACGUGCAGACGCCACCAGCCCCACCGUCCCUCCGUCUGGACCUCGCGGCUAUGUACCUCCUGCUCGUGGUGGCGGCUUCGCAGCACGAGGCGGCGGCCGUGGGGCCUGGUCUGCCACAGCUUCCCGCUUCGCACCGCCACCAGUCUCCCCAGCGACGCCUCAUUCGGUCAACGCCGUACCAACCGGUCCGCGCGCCUCCAUCUCGGCCGCCUCCUCACCGUCUGUCACGACCAAGCCCUUCAACCCACCUACCGGCCCCGCCGCACAAGGUGGACAGCGCAUGACCCUCGCACAGAACCUCAUCGCAGGCAUGCCCCCCAUCAUCCCCGGCGGCAAGCUCGACCCGUCCUCGGCACCCCUCAUGACGGGCGUCACCAGGGAACUGGAGGCACACCACAGACGCCUCAAAGAGGAGGAGGAGCGGAUCCGCGGCGAGCUCAAGGCCAAGGACGAGAAGCUCCGCGCUGCGCUCCGCAUGUGGGACAGGCUCGAGCACGAGAGCGAGUCGUUCAAGCUCAAGAGUGACCUGUCAGAACAGAGCAUCAAGACCAUUGCAGGCGAGGGGGCUGGCGGCGCCGCCUUCUAG